UGAGAAAUUAAUUUUGGAAGGACCAUGAAUAGCAUAAUUUCUAUAGGUGGUUGUGGUACCUGCUGUAAAAGGUUUCACAUGGUCUGUCUUUUCAGGAAACAACUAGAGGGAAUACUCGAAAAUCUCAAAGAGAAGCCAGAUGUUGGAACUUUGUUGCUGGCACUACAACGAACUUUAGAAUUUGAGGAUGAAUUAGCAGAAAUAUUUGGAGGCCGUUCUACUAGUAGAGAGAUUGGGAAUGAGAUAGAAGAAAUUGGCAGGGACAGUAAUAGUCAAACUGUAUCAGAUAUUCGCAAAAAGUACGAAAAAAAGCUUGCAGCUAAUCAAGGAGAGCCUGAAGUAUGUAUAUUAGUCUUCCUUACAGAGUGAUAAAAUUUUUUCCUAAUUGAUAUAUGAUUUGAGUCGAAUUGCCAUUUUUUAUUUGUGCUAGCAGGAGAAGGAUGAAAGUAAAGAUUUAUCAGUACC